AUGAUCCAGGAAAACUUGCCGGAUAUGGUUGAACCAGUCCGUGAUGAAGCCAAUCCACCUCAACCUUUUCUCUACCAUUAUUCUUUAUCGGAAAUCCAUAAUAAAGGCAAGGCUGAUAUUCAGGGGGUUGUUGGUGCUGCCAUGAAUGGAGAUAUACAGCUCUUGGAGAUGGCAUUAUACCCUCCCUCUCGCGCCGAUCCCAAUAGCACCGCCUACUUCGAUUAUAUCCCUACGGAGCCCAUCACCUCUCAUCAACAACUGGAAACACAACGGCUGCUUGAAAGAGCACAAUUCUUCGCUAAAAACUGGGCAGUUUACUCUAGAUUGGCUUCUCUUCUUCCUGAGCCAAGUGCCAGCCUUCGACGCGGACUUAUAAGACGCUUUGCAGAGUAUGGCAACUUAGAUAUCGUCAGGAACCUAUUGGAUAAUGGGUGUCAUGUCGAUGGUGAAAUUGUGGUAAGAAGGACAGGCCACAGAGGGACCCCUCUCUAUUUGGCUUCUCGUUAUGGGAACGCCGAUGUAGUCAACCUGCUCUUGGAACGCGGCGCCGAUGUUGAAAGAACUGGCCUGAACAAUUUCCGCCCUUUGCUUGGUGCAAUCAAAUCAGGGAAUAUCUAUAUCGUCCAGAAGCUCCUCGAAUACGGAGCCAAGUGCUACUUCUAUGAUAUAGUGGAAGCACUCCUUAGCGAGUAUGAAAACAUGAUUGACUUACUCUUGGGUCAAUACACGAAAGAAUGCUUGUAUGUAGGCAUGGGGAGUGAACUCGCAAAAGAGAUGUCGCGCUACGGCUUAAGCUCAAUGUUGACACUUUUGCUUGACCGGGGGUAUUUUCGAUACGUUGAUGGGAAAAUUAUGGCUACUGUUGAUCAAGAAGAAGGAAAGGAGUCUUGCGAUCUAUGCGGGUAUUUGCACACAGAAAGCGAGGUAUAA